UAGCUUUUUAAUAAUUGCAGAUAAUAUAAAAGGAAGGAAAAUCCAGUUUUUUGCUUAUUUGUUAAUUUAAAUGCAAAGUGAAAAGUAAUAAUAUUUAAAUGUCUGAUAAAGUCGGACUAGUUUCUGAGUCAUCAACAAAUGACUGCUCUUAUUUCCCUGUAAAGAAAUCAAAGUAUUUCUUGAUGACCCUGCUCGGAUUUGCUGUCUUCAUACUUUAUACACCACCAAAAGUGUUUAAUGAUACUGAUAAUCAGCAAGAUUUUCUCUAUGAAAAUAAAACAAUUAAUAUUUUAUUUUGGACAAAGUACUUUGGAAAUUAUGAUUGGUAUGCAGAAGAAGAUGGAAAUGCAGGAAUAAAGACACUGAAUUCUGUAAAUUGUCCUGUUACAAAUUGCUUUUUCACACAUAAUCACAGCUUUCUGAGUAAUAUAGCUGAUUUUGAUGCAAUUAUGAUUCAUGGACCAGAAUAUUUGCAUAACAUUCCACCGCAUUUUAGUUCUAAACAAAUGUACAUUUUUGUUUCACUAGAGGCACCAACAUUUAUCAGAGAGGAUUUAAAUCGCUUCAAUAAUUAUUACAAUAUGACAAUGACUUAUAGGAUGGAUUCAGACGUUGAAUGGGACUAUGGAAAAAUCUUAAAAAGUGACACAAAGGAAGUUAUUGCGCCAUCAAAAAAUCCUAAUUGGAAGUUAUCAGACGAUAAAUUUUUUGAUGAAGAAUACCUCAAAAUAUAUCAAAACAAGACAAGGUCAAUAGCAUGGUUUGUUUCAAAUUGCGAUGCAUUUAAUAAACGACAGGAUUUGGUCAAGAAAAUGCAGCAACUUAUUGAUAUUGACAUUUAUGGAAAAUGUGGAAAUUUAUCAUGUACUGCAAACUGUGAUCAACUUUUGACCACAACUUACAAAUUUUACUUGUCAUUUGAAAAUUCCCUUUGUCAAGAAUACGUGACUGAGAAGUUUUACAGAGCAUUAAACCAAAUGACUAUUCCUAUAAUAUUCAAUGGAGCUAAAGACAAGAAAAUGUAUGGACCGCCAAAAAGUUUUAUAGAUGUAAAUGAGUUUGAUACAGUAGAAAAUCUAGUCAAUUAUUUAAAAUCUCUAAUGAAUAAUCCUCGUGAAUAUCUGAAAUACUUCUGGUGGAAAAAACAUUAUUCAGUUAAAACUCAUCCAGUCUUUCCAUAUAUACAUUGUGAGCUUUGUAAAAAGCUUAAUGAUAAAACUUUUAUGUCUGCAAAACGUCAAUAUGAAAGCAUUCAAUCAUGGUAUAUUGACAAUAUGUGCAAUCAGAGCGCGCAUAUCCAAUUCUAAGUUUUUAACUUAAAACACAAUUGAUAAAACCAAUUCAUAUUUUAAAAAGUUU